ACACUAAUGUAUUUUUUAUAGGAUAAGUGUCAAAAUUUUUUGCCGACGUUUAUCUCGUCGUGCCUCUUGACUGCCAUUAAACUGAUCCAAAUACGUUUCAGCCAUGGCGGAGUUUUUCGUGAGACGCACUACGGCCUUUUUUAUAUUUCUCGUGAUGGUGUUGAGCUGUGCCAUCGUUGGCUUGGCGGUGUACAGUUUUAGCGAUAAAUCAGAGAUUGAAACAACAUUUACUGAGACGGUCGUUCCAGAAAAAUUAACCACCGACGAUGUUACGGUGUCCGAAGAACCCGACAGAAGUACCCAGCCAUGGGAGUUGGAGUACAGGAUUCCAGUCAGCACUAUUCCAUACCAUUACGAUCUUUAUCUUCAUCCUGAUUUGGAAAGUGGCAAAUUUACGGGAAAAGUGACCAUUCUGGUUGGAGUUACUUCAUCCAUGACAUUCUUGGUGACACACUUCAGAGACAUGAACAUCACUCUGACCAAACUAAGGUCAGCUGAGUCGAGUGAUGAGGUUGAUCUCUUGGACUACUUUGGGUACGAACCCAAUCAGUUUUGGGUGAUGCGCCCCAGAGUUGCUUUGAAGCCCGGCAACUAUAGCAUGGAGCUCGAAUUCGAUGGAAGUUUGGAAAACAAAAUUGUGGGCUUUUACAAAAGUAUCUACACCACCAAAGCUGGGAUAAAGAGGUCUAUCGCGACGUCGAAAUUCCAGCCUACGGACGCCAGGGCGGCCUUCCCGUGCUUCGACGAGCCUUCUUUCAAGAGCACCUUCAGCCUGACCAUAGUGAGGCCGACGCAGGGCUACACGGCGCUCUCGAACAUGCCGGAGCAGGGCCAGGUUGCAAACGCGCCUCUGCGAGGCCUCACGGAAGUGACGUUCCAGAAAUCCGUCCCGAUGGUAACAUACCUGGUCUGCUUCAUCGUCUGUGACUUCGAGUACGUCGAGACGAAGACUCAAGAAAACAAACUCUUCAGGGUCUACUCGACUCCUGAUCAGAUCGAGAGAACGCACUACGCCAGAGACAUCGGGGUCAGCAUCCUCAACUAUUUCGAAAAUUAUUUUGAAGUGGAGUACCCGCUGCCGAAACAAGACAUGAUCGCGAUCCCGGACUUCGUAUCGGGAGCGAUGGAGCACUGGGGGCUCAUCACCUACAGGGAGACGAACCUGCUGUACGACGAGGUCGGUUCCUCGUCCUACAACCAACAACGCGUCGCCUCCGUCGUCAGUCACGAGCUUGCGCACAUGUGGUUCGGCAACCUCAUGACACUGAAGUGGUGGGAUGACCUCUGGCUCAACGAAGGCUUCGCUAGCUACGUGGAAUACAAGGGAGUAGCGCAGUACCAUCAAGACUGGGAUAUGCUCGGUCAGUUCGUAGUGGAUGACCUCCAGCCAGUGUUCAAGUUGGAUGCGAAGCUCUCAUCUCAUCCUAUCAUUCAACCUGUGGCGCAUCCGAAUCAGAUUACCGAAAUCUUUGAUGCCAUCUCAUACAGCAAAGGAGCAUCAGUGUUACGCAUGCUGGACAAUUUCAUGGGUGAGGAGCAGUUCAGAGUUGGAGUCUGGAACUUCCUGCGGCAGUACAAAUACGCCAACGCAGUCACUAGCGACCUCUGGCGGCACUUGGCUCAGCAGUCAUCACUCGACAUCAGCGCAAUCAUGGAUACCUGGACCAAACAAAUGGGAUACCCUGUCCUCAUGGUCAACAGAACCUCGCCGUCAGAGCUGAAGGUCCAGCAAUCUCGGUUCCUGCAAGACCCCAGCGCCGUCAGUGGAGAUGAUUCGCCUUACGGAUACAAGUGGGACGUUCCGGUCACGUACAAGGCGGAGGGCGCUGAGCGCCAGCUGCAGUGGCUCUACAGGGACAUGCCAUCGUUGACGCUUGAGGUCCCUGGUGCUAGUCCCUGGGUGAAGAUCAACGUGGAUCAGUACGGUUUCUACCGCGUCAACUAUGACGCGGCGAUGUGGAAUGAACUCGUCAACCUUCUUCAAAACAACCACGAGGCACUGAGUCCUCCGGAUCGUUCAAGCUUACUGGAUGACGCGUUCAGUCUGGCAGCAGCCAACCAACUUGAGUAUUCAGUGGCGCUGCGGUUGUGCUCUUACCUCGACAAGGAGACGCACUACAUCCCCUGGCGGACUGUGACAUCGCAUCUCUCCGCGCUCGACAGGCUCCUGAGGAACACCAAGGCUUAUCCUCUGUACAAGAACUACGUGCUGAAGCUGGUAGAAUCGCACGCCCGGGCACACGGCUGGGAAGACUCUGGCAACCACCUUAAGCGACGCUUGCGGCCAGUAUUGCUGGCGCUCGCAUGCCAGAGCGGCAGCGCGUGGUGUCUGAGUGCGGCGGAGACCAAACUAAAAGAAUGGCUACUCGAUCCAUCCCACAGUCUGCCGCCCAACCUACGUACAGUCGUCUACAAGUACGGCAUGAAAAAUGCUGGCUACAGUGACUGGGAGCUGAUGUUGGAGCGAUAUGCCAAAGAACUCAACGCCCAGGAGAAGAGUAAACUUAUAGCCGGAUUAACCAACGUCAACAGGCGCUGGAUAAUUCACAGAUUCCUGGACGCAACACGCAACGCGAGCGUCGUGAGGACCCAAGACUACUUGAGCAGCCUCGGCCAGCUCGCUGCCAACCCUGCGGCUACAGACAUCGUCUGGAGCUUCAUCAAAUCGGAGUGGGAUUGGCUGGUGUCACGGUUCACGCUGAGUAGCCGCUACCUCGGCAAUACCGUCAAGACCGUCGUGUCUCUCUUCACGACGCCUCUCCUCCUCUCAGAUGUGAGUAAACCAUUCAUGUAA